GAUUGGUUAAAGUCUUCGUGAGCGAGAAAGGCUGUCGUUUCUCUUUAUUUAGCUGAGCGGUGUGGAAGUGGUGGGGGAAAUUCCCCAAUUUUUCCAUAUGAGAUUCCGGGGCAUGGUUCAUAGUAACCUACCUAGCUCUCUGCCUCUGGCGCCUCUGCACCUCUGUGUUUAUGUUAAAUAUCUUUGAUGUAAAGUGUCAGCACAGGGCAGUUUAAGAUUUCCUCUUAAAAUUUAGUUAUACAGUGACUGCAUUUUGGAUGUAAAUAUAAAAUUGCAAUUGUUACAUAAAAUCAAAUUUAAUAAUAUGGAAAUAAAACAAGAAGUUAGUGGAAAAACUUGUAAAAUAGAAAUAGAUCAUGUCACAUGUGUUGGUCCCUUGGAUACCUUAAAAGUUGAAGUUAAGGAAGAACUGAAGACAGAAACUGAAUACCAGGCAUUUGAGUAUGUAGACUUAAAUGAAUUCCCAGUUAAAACUGAAGUAGAGCAAGGUGAAGAUAAAUUUAUACCAUUUGAUGAAAAGCAAACAAGAAAUGAAGAAAGUUGCCCCGAGACCCCUAAGGAGGAGAACAAAAUGAACAUUGUGGAAACGUUACUUUCAUCCCAUAAAGGAAAAUAUACAGGUCCACAUGCUGAAGGAAAAAUCUCAAAUACAAAUAUGAAAGUUGGAACUGGGCAACUACUUUACCAAUGUGAAAUUUGUCUCAAGCAGUUUUCUCGAAAAGAUUCUUUACCUCACCAUAUGAAAAUUCACACCGGAGAAAAACCUUAUAAGUGUGAAAUUUGUUUUAAACAAUUUUCUCAAAUGCCACACUUGAAACAACACUUGCUGGUACAUACCGGAGAAAAACCUCACAAGUGUGAAAUUUGUUUUAGACAGUUUAGUGACGCUGGUAAUUUGAAAAGACAUUUGAGAAUACACACUGAAGAAAAACCAUACAAGUGUGAAAUUUGUUUAACACAAUUUAAUACUGCAACUAAUUUGAAAACACAUAUGAGAGUGCAUACCGGGGAAAAACCUUACAAGUGUGAAAUUUGUUUUAAGGAGUUUUCUCAAAUACAACACUUGAAAAAACACUUGCGGAUACAUACUGGAGAAAAACCAUACAAGUGUGAAAUUUGUUUUAAACAGUUUACUGAAGCAGGUAAUUUGAGAAAACAUAAGAGAGUGCAUACUCGUGAUAAAUUCAAGCACAAAUGUGAAACUUGUUCAGAGCGGUUUAUUACUAGGAAUGAUUUGAAAGGGCAUUUGAGAGAGCACACUGGAGAAAGACCGUACAAAUGUGAAUUUUGUUUUAAACAGUUUAAAGAAUCAAGUCACUUGAAAGUUCAUCGGCGAAUACACACUCAAGAAAAACCAUACAAGUGUGAACUUUGUUUAACACAGUUUAGUAUUGCAAGUAAUUUGAAAGCACAUUUGAGAGUGCAUACUAGGGAAAAACCUUACAAGUGUGAAAUUUGUUUUAAGCAGUUCACUCAAAAAAACACUUUAGAUGUACAUACUAAAAUUCAUACUGGAGAAAAACCAUAUAAGUGUGAAACUUGUUUAACACAGUUUAGAACUUCAAGUCAUUUGGUAGAACACAUGAGAGUGCAUACUGGGGAAAAACCUUACAAGUGCGAAAUUUGUUUUAAACAGUAUAAAGAUGCAACUAACUUGAAGAUUCAUUUGAGAAUACACACUGGCGAAAAACCUUAUAAGUGUGAAAUUUGUUUUAAGCAGUUCACUUACAAAAGAUCUUUAAAUAUACAUACUAAAGUUCACACUGGUGAAAAACCGCACAAGUGUGAAAUUUGUUUAACACAGUUUAGUACUACAAGUAAUUUGAGAGCCCAUUUGAGAGUGCAUAAUGGGGAAAAACCUUAUAAGUGUGAAAUUUGUUUUAAGCAGUUCACAUAUAAAAAAUCUUUAAAUAUACAUACUAAAGUUCACACUGGAGAAAAACCAUACAAGUGUAACAUUUGUUAUAAAGAGUUUAGGGUGGCAAGUAAUUUUAAAACACAUUUGAGAGUGCACACUGGAGAAAAACCGUACAGAUGUGAAAUUUGUUUAAAACAGUUUACCAGAAAAAAUUCAUUAAAAACUCAUUUGAGAGUACACACGUAAAAAGCUUGCUAAUCAGUUUGCUUCCCAUUAUUAAGAUAUUUGAAAGGUUACUCCUUCAAGGAAUGAAUUCUAUAACCGAGAGACAAAAGUUGACACCGGAGUACGAAUUUGGAGUCAGGCAACAACAUGGAACAAUUGAGCAGGUACAUAGGGUUGCCAAAGUAGCAAGAGUUGUAAUUGAAAAGAAAGAAUACUGCACUGCAGUAUUUUUGGAUGUCUUACAAACAUUAUUUUGAUAAGGUAUGGAAUGAUGAGCUGCUAUCUAAAAUAAAAACUCAUUUUGCCCAUCCUGUAUACACUUCUGAGAUCCUAUCUUACCAAUCAAUACUUCCAGGUUAGACAUAAUGAAGCAGUAUCAAACAUAACUCCAAUUCUAUCAGGAGUACCCCAGUGCAGUAUAUUGGGACCAACUUUAUACUUAGUCUACACAGCAGAUAUUCCCACAAGAGCAAACAGCACAAUUGCUACCUACGCAGACGAUACUGUUAUAAUGGCCUCUAGCUCGGUUCCAGUUACAGAGUGCCAAAAUUUACAACUUCAUUUAAAUAGUUUAGAGAAAUGGUUAAAACUGUGGCGAGUUGAAGUAAAUAUCAGCAAAUCUGCACAUAUAAUAUUCACUUUAUGCCGGGAAAGUGUACCAUCUCUGCAUAUAAGCAAUACCAUCAUACCCACAAGAAGUGAUGUUAAAUACUUAGGAACACAUUUUGACAGCCAACUAAAUUGGGGAAAGCACAUCUGGAAAAACGACUACAACUCGGAUUAAUAUACAGGAAAAUGUAUUGGUCAUAAACAAAAAAUACAAAUUAAGUCUACACAAUAAAUUAUUAUUGUAUAAAUCUGUUCUAAAGCCAGUUUGGACUUACGGUAUUCAGAUAUGGAGUACACCAUCUAAUUCCCAUUUACUGAAACUUCAGCGUUUCCAAUCAAAAGUCUUGAGACAUAUUACCAAUGCACCGUGGUAUGUGCCCAAUUGUGUUAUACAUCGAGACCUUCAGGUCCAAAACAUUAAAGACACCGUUGUCUCACUCAAUGGCACCUGCAAAAAUAGACUACUGAAUCAUCCAAAUACGCUUGUCCAAUACCUACUUAGCAACCGAGGAGGGAAGACUAAAACGCUGUGACCCAUUAGACCUUUCUGUACCUGCAAUUACAGAAACGUAGAUUCUAUAACAUUAAAAAUGUGUGUGUAUUUUAACUAUUUGUUUUUAUAUGUUCGUAAAAUAUGUCUUUGUAAAGUGUUAUUUAUAUCUCAGAUAUUUGAUAUUUCUAUGUAUCAGAAAUGUAUCGCAAAGGAUUUUCAUCACCGGUUAGAUUUCCCCUAUGUUAAUGUGAUAAACCUAUUGGUUAUUGUUUUUUAUUUGUAGAAACAGAUUGUAAUAAAUAAAGGAUGUUUAAAAAAAA